GGCGCGCCGUUUUCCAGAAGCUGCUGGCGGGAGGCGGCAGUCGAGCGGGGCGGUGCGUGUGGGAGGGGGGUGUGCAGGGGGAGGGGAGUCCGGGAACUUUGAGACUCGGCCCGGGGGCCCUCGGUGACAUUCCAGGCGAAGCCGCGGCCAGGCCAGCCUCCCGGGCUCGGACCCUGACCUUCCGCCGGCUGCAGAGUCUCCGGCCACGCCGCCCCGGGAGGGAGAGAGAGAGAGAGAGAGAGACCCCCGCUGUCCCCGCAGCCGCGCGCCAUCCAGACGGCGGAAGACGCGUCGGCGGGCAUGGGCCGCUUCUCGCCGGAGCCGUGGCUGCCGCAGCUACUCAGCCCCCGGGGCCUGGCUCUCGCCGCGGCCCUGUUGCUGCUGGUCUUAUUCCUGCGCACCCGGCGCACCAGGAGACCUGGUGAGCCUCCUUUAGUAAAAAGCUGGCUUCCUUUCAUUGGAGAAGCCCUGAAAUUACAAAGAGAUCCCAUAGGUUUCAUGACUACUCUUCAGAAGCAGUAUGGUGACAUUUUCACUGUUCUCCUUGGAGGAAAGUACAUCACAUUUAUCCUGGAUCCUUUCCAGUACCAGUCAGUGAUCAAAAAUCAAAAAUUAAGCUUUCGAGGAUUUAGUAAUAAAGUAUUACUGAGAGUAUUUUCUAUCAAAAAGUUGGUGGAGGAUGACGCCAUGAACGAUGAGCUUCAUACCUGCUAUCAGCUUUUACAAGGGAGGCAUCUGGACAUGCUGAUGGAAAACACAAUGCAGAGUCUAAAGCAGGUUUUUGAACCCCAGCUCUUAAAAACCACAAGUUGGCACACAGAAUCCUUGUUCACAUUCUGCAACUCAGUAAUAUUUGAGAUGACAUUGACAACUGUAUAUGGAAGUAUUCUCCUUGGCCACAGGAAAACAUUUAUUACUGAGUUAAAAGAUGACUUUUUCAAAUUUGAUGGCAAAUUCACACAAUUAGCAUCGGGCAUGCCCAUUGAGCUUUUAGGAAAUAUCAAGUCUAUUCGAUUGAAACUGAUAAAACUGUUGACAACAGAAAACUUAGCUAAGUUCCAAGGCUGGUCAGAAGUUGUUCAAAGGAGGCAAGAUAUCCUGGAGAAAUACUAUCUGCCCCAGGAUAUUGAAAUAGGAGCACAUCAUUUAGGCUUGCUCUGGGCCUCUGUGGCAAACACUGCUCCAACUAUGUCCUGGACUAUGUAUUACCUUCUCCGGAACCCAGAAGCUAUGGCAGUGCUGCGUGACGAAAUUGACCAUUUGCUACAGUCAACAGGUCAAAAGAAAGGGCCUGGAUUUUCCAUCCACCUCACCAGAGAACAAUUGGACAGCCUGGUCUACCUAGAAAGCACCAUUCUUGAGAGCUUACGACUAUCCUCGUUUUCAAGCACCUUUCGUUUUGUUCAAGAGGACCUGACACUACAUUUAGAGGCCCAGGACUGCUGUCUGCGGAAGGGAGACUUUGUAGGCGUCUUUCCUCCCAUCUUACACUACGACCCUGAAAUCUUUGAAGCUCCAGAGGAGUUUAGAUUUGAUCGUUUUGUAGAAAAUGGUAAGAAGAAAACCACCUUUUUUAAAAGAGGGAAAAAGCUGAAGUAUUACCUAAUGCCUUUUGGAUUUGGAAUCAGCAAAUGUCCGGGCCGAUUUUUGGCAGUUGUUGAAAUAAAGCAAUUGUUGGUUAUACUUUUAACUUAUUUUGAUUUAGAAAUAAUUGAUGAUAAACCUGUAAAACUAAACUUCAGUCGCUCUUUGUUUGGCAUUCAGCAUCCAGACUCAGAUGUUUCAUUUCGAUACAAAGUAAAAUCUUAAAGAAGCUAAAAGGAAAGAAAAGAAAUCUAUCAAAACUAACCCAAAUAGGUCCUCAGCUCACCUAUUUGUUUUUAAUUUCUUCAGAUGUAAUUGCUUUGUUUGUUUGUUUUUAAAGUGCCAGUUUCUGUUUGAAUGGAGAUCAUUCCAGUUUGUAUCUGGUCGCAAAACCCAUCAUUAAAAAAAAAAAGAAAAGAAAAAAGAAAAACAGGAUGGUGGCAUGAAAAUGGACAUCAAAAAUCAACAUAAUGAUAAACCUAAACUAGCUUUUUAAAAUUCUACAUACUAUGAUUUUCAGCUGUCAUAGUAAGUGUGUCUUCACAGCAAUAAGAUUUAAUACUGUGGGAUUUUUUUUGAAGUCACAAAUUCUUCUCUAAUAUGUAAAAAUACACUUGAUGUACUCAUGGAAGUUUGUGCUGGAAAUGGACACACUUUAACAAAUCCAAGUUCUCAGAAAAGGAAAUUAAAUUUCCAUGAGAUACACUGGAUGAAAACGUUCCCUUCAAGUAUAAUAUCAAUAAUAUCUAUAUUGCCGGAGUACGUUUGCAUUAAAUGAGUUUUGCAGUAGAUUAAAUGCUUCAACUUCACUUCACUAUUUAAUCAUCCACAAAUGUUCUUUAUUACUUUGUAUACUAUGGCUCAAUAGAUCGAAAUUUCUUGUUAUAUAAGGCCACUCAUGUUCAAGUUAGAUGCUGAUAAGAUUUAUCAGUGUGAGGACACACCAAAACCUAUUAUAUAUUCAGCGAUUGCCCUAGACAUUAGUAUUAGGUUUAUUGUAGGAGUAAAUGUUGAAAUCAUUACAGGAUUGAUUGUAGCAUUUAACUCUAGUGUAAACUAUAAGGGUUACGCCAGUAUUGCAAUUAACAUUCCUAAAUGCUCCCAUUUAUAUCAACAGAGAAACUCAGUGGCAGUCUUUGUUCUCGACACCUCACCUCUUGGACUUGAUGUUUAUUCGUAUUAUUUGAAUUGCAACAUUAUGUAAUACAGUGUAAUUCCAUAUGCCACAAUGCAGCAUUGUGUAGAUGAUUCAAAGAUUUCUGAUAUCAGAUUGCCAAAUGGUUGUCUGGCAUCCAACCUAAAUGCCAUAUAAACAGGCAAAGCAGGUAAUUAAACCCAGUUAAUUCAUGCCGCAUUCCCUGGCACUUUUAGUAUUUCAGAAAUGUGCUCUCAGUUUUAAAAAGGAAAUUGAUUUUUAAAAUAACUUUAUCAAAUACUUAACCAUACUUAAUAACUAAAUAGAUUUUUCUGGCAUUUAUCUUCUACUUCCUGAAGUACAUGCUCUAAGCGCACCUUGGUAAAGGUCUGCUGGUCUAAACUCUGUUUUUUGCUGGAAUGAAGAUGUUUUCAUCUUUGCCCUCAUUCCUGAAAGGUGGUUACUCUAGGUGCCCAAGUCUAGACUGAAGUUACUUCCUCGCAGCACUUUGAAGAUAGCUCCUGUUCUAAAGUCUGCGUUGUUCUUUAUCAAAAGGUUGGCCUUGAAUAUUACACCCUAGUUAUUCAGUAGGCAGUCUGCCUCUUUUCUCUGACGGCUUUAACAUGCUCUCUUUGUCUUUGAUGUUCUUAGUUUCUGUUGCUCAUGUUUGCAUGGCAGGGUGCUUCUUAAGUCUGAGAACAUGCGUCUUUCAUCAAGUGUGGAAUAUUCGCAGUGAUUAUCUCUUUGACUCUUUCCUCUCUCAGGCUCUGAAUUAGAUCCCCUUGCUCUCUGCUCCAUCUUGUUUGACCUUUUCUCCUCAUAUUUUCUGUCUCUAGGCUAGGUAAUUUCUUUAGAUCUUUCUUCCAGUUUAUUCUGCUCUUUAACUCAUCCAUUGAGUUUGUUUUUCCUUCUUUUUAUUUAACCUCAGGUCCAUUGGACUGAGUGAUCACAUUCCUUAUACCCCUUAGCUCAUGGUACACAGUUGUAAUUGGUCCAAACAAAGCUCUCUGGCUUUCUUCACUCAUUCUAUUUUAUUGCUAAAUCCCAACAUUAUACCUGUCCUCAUCACAGGCAAAUAUUUGGAUAUGUUUGACGUGUAUCUCUUUAUUUCUAUGUGCUUUUAUAAAACAGGUGUUAUCUUAGGUGCAUGUGCUUUUAAUUUCAUAAAUAUAUUUUCUAUGUUAUAUUCUUCUUAAUUUUUGCUAAGCUCUAUGUUUUUAAAGAUAUGUCCAUAUUGCUUUAUAUGUAUUUAUUCUAUUGCUUCUAACUGUUGUGUAGUAUUCCAUAGUAUGCACCCACUAUGCUUGAAUGCUCUGUUCACCUAGUGAUGAAAACUAUGUUGGUGGGGUAGUUAAUUUAGGAGAGAGGCCAAAGCAGGACCUAAAAACUCUACCCUCAUCUGUCCUCCCAUUGCUGUGUGCAGCCUGCUGCAAAUCCUGUCCUCAAAUCGCCACCACUCACUCACACAAACACACACACACACACACAGAGUCCAUGACAGCCUUCAUUUUCUGAGAUGUUCUAGAUUUGGUCCAUCCUCAGAUUCUUGCCACCCUCCCUUCCUAUGGGGUCUCCAGGGUUGAUCUGCCUCUGGGUGCCGGCCAUUAAUUUAUCAGCUUUCAGGAUGUCAGUUCCACUAGGUUUACUAAAUUUAGUACUUACAUUUUCAGUUUGAGAAUUCUCUUUUGUUCUUCCUAUCUCCCCAUCAUUUUUGAUAUCUUCUUUCAUUUCUUUAAGUAUAGUAAGAAACCUGUUUUCUAUUCUGUAUUUGGUAUUUCCAAAUCAUCACUAUUUUGUGGGUGUGACUCUAUAGUUUGUUUUUCUUUAGAUUUUCAACUUGAGCAUCUUGAGAAGGUAUUGGGAACUACGUAGAUAGUAUGGGUUCUAGCCCUAAAUCAGCCAGCAUGCCACUGUAUGAUUAAGAAUAGACAGGAGGAGUUCCUGUAGUGGGUCAGUGGUUAAUGAACCCGAGUAGGAACCAUGAGGUUGUGGGUUCCAUCGCUAGCCUCGCUCAGUGGUGUUGCUGUGAGCUGUGGUGUGGAUAACAGAUGUGCCUUGGAUCUUGCAUUGCUGUGGUUGUGGUGCAGGCCGGCAGCUGCAGCUUGGAUUGGACCCCUAGCCUGGGACCCUCCAUAUGCCGUGGGUGCGGGCCUAAAAAGACAAAAGACAAAGACAAAAAAAAAAAAAAAGGAUAGACAGGAGAGGUUUUCUGGAUUUUUUUUUCCCCCUUUUAUCCAAAGCCAAGGCUGAGACAGGCAAGUAAACAGCCCUUGUCCAUGAAGCAAGGGUUCUUGCUGGGUCACCUACUGACAGUAUUGCCUGUGCAAGUUCCUGACUUUGUGCAGAGGUCUUGGAUUACAUACACACAUUCCCGGCUUGGGCCCAGUACUAUCUCUCUUGCCUCCCACAAAGUAUAGCCCGUCUAUCCACCAUAUUGCCUCAGGUGGAUACUUUUGUGAUGCCAAGCAGAGAGAACAGAAAAUUAUUCCAUUCUAAGUCCUGCUUAAUUUAUAAUUAGAAGUGGAAGAAAUUUAGAAUAGAAAUAGUAUAGAAAAUAUAAUAUUCUAUAAAAACAAUGGAUGGCAGAGAGUCUUGUGACAGAAUUAAACCUGGUAAUUCAUGAGUUUUUGUGCAUAGAAUAAAUGUCAUGGAGAAAUAAGUUCAAAGACAGGGAUUCUAACUAUGACAUAACUGGUUUGUUAUCAAAUCAUUUUGCCUCUCAGUGCUUCAAUUUCCAUAUUUGCAAAAUAAAAAUAAUAAGGCCUUUUGACACCAGGGUUCAUUGUGAGGAUUGAAUACAGGAAGAUGUGUGAACUUAUUUUGAAAAGUAUAAUGCAACACACAACAUAAAGUUGUAAAGGAGAUACGUUGUGCCUUUUAAAAACUGUUCUUAUGUAUUUGUUAAAGGGAAUGAUUUUUUUGUCAUUAGUGAAUUCACUGUUCAUUUAUUCAAUCAAACACUUAUUGAGCAUUCCCUCUAUCCUAGAUUUGGUAACUAUGCACUUCUUCAAGGACACAGUUUAUUAGAGAAAACAAUGCAUACUCAAUACAUUUAUAAUAAAUAUAGCUGUAAUAAAUUCAUCUCCUUAACACUCUUCUGUAAUUCUGAUUCAUCACUAGUUCUAACCUCCCAAGUCAGUCUUCAAUUAUGAGAAAUUACUUUCUGCAUAAUUACAUACAAUAGAACAUAUACAUCAAGUAUUGUGAUUACAUGAGGAAAAUAACUAAAACCAAAUACAGUCACUGAGGCUUCAGAAUUUUUUUAAAACUGCAUUUUACCUAUAGUAAAAACCCAUCGUUUUAGUUUUACAGCCCUCUCUAAAUUUCAAAUUAAAGAAAAUAACUGAAAAAGAUUAUUUUAUAUCGAUGACCAACAGUGAUGAGUCAUUCAGUUAGCAAAAACUAAAUGCUCUAAAGGUACUAGGAAAAAAGCUGUUUAUCACUAAAUAAGGCGUGCGGAUAAGCAAACUCUUUGGGAACUUUUAUCUGCCUUGUUUGGUUUUCCUGGCACACCUCAUUGUGUUUUCUCCAUUUUAUCAUUAAGUUUUAGGUCAGAAGUAUAAGGCAGAGGGGCUUCUGUAGUUAAAAUUUGCAUGAUUACGUCUGUUUUUUUCCUCGUGACAUAUAAUUUGGGUAGCAGUUUCUAUAAGCUAGUUCUUCUAAUUUAACCAUGAAAUAUUAAAACCAAUUUCAAAAAUGAAAGCACAAAAAUUAUCUAGGUUUUGAUCUUAAUAUAAAAUAAAGUCAGUAAUUAUAAAACAAGAAUUAUAUGCCCUUAGAAUGUAGUGUUUUACCCUAUUAAAUUUGCCAGUAUUGCAAACCAUUAUUUACUGGAACUGCUUUAUUAGAUAUUCAUAUUCACAAACUCAAUUAGGAAAAAGUUAGCAAGUCAAGAUUACAUUCCCUGUAGCAUUAUUUUAAAUUACGAUGGGUGAUCCCAUAAAACUCUCUAGUAUUUAUCUGAAGCAAUUAUUACUUACUCUACUUCAUAGUGUUAAUCUAAAUCACUGAUCAUUGAUGUUUGAACUAUUUUGUUUAAAUGUUUACUUUGUUUGUAAUAUUUUCUUGAAUAAGAUAAAUUUAACUUGUGGAAAACUCUACUGCACAAUUUUUAAAAGGAGGUAAUUUGGCAAUACUUAUGUUUUAAAAUAUUUUUUAAGCAGAGGAGUGCUGUUAAUUAAAAAAACUAUUGUCCUGAAUUUUUUUAACACUAUCUUUUGAUUUUAAAAUGGUAUGUAUGCAGAUUUAUGAGAAACUAAAAUAUCUUGAAAAAAAUCUUAUGCAAAAAAUGCAAGUGCUUUGUAAGUCAAUUUCAUGUGGUUGUUUUUUUUUUUGUUUUUUUUUUUAAUUUACAGCAAGCCAAUAAAUCAGCUUUUAAAGCAC